AUGUUAAAUUUUAUUAAAGGAAAAGAUAAAGAUCAUAAAAAGGAUAAAAAAGAUAAAGAUGGCAAAUCAUCAUCAUCAUCAGCAUCAUCUGGAUCUGGAGCAACAUCACCUGCUUCAACAACUACAUCACCAACAUUGCCAUCACAACCAUCAGGUGAAGAUCUGUCACAACAAUUUGUACAACUGUUGGAAGAAUUGGGAGUACCAGAUUCUAAAAAGUCAGAGAUGAAGGCAUGGAGUAAUGACAAAAAGUGGAUGCUCAUCGCACAACACAAAGACAAGAUGCGUGAUAAUGAAGAAAAAAUGAAGCAAAAGGGUGGUCUCUAUGAAACACCUCAAUACUUUUUAUCGGUGCUUCGUGAAAAUGCAAUGACUCAAAAGACAAUCUCUGACCUUCGUGUCUGUCUUGCCUCCAACACCAUGUCUUGGAUUAAUUCAUUCCUUCAACUUAAUGGUUUUGUUGAAAUGCUUAAAAUAUUUCAAACUUUUCAAUUAAAAGCAGAUAAAACAAAAGAAGAUUAUGGAAUUAUGACAGAUUGUGUAGUUUGUAUAAAAUCAUUACUUAAUAGUCAAGUAGGUUUGAAAUGGGUCAUGUCAACAUCACAUACAUUCAAACUAUUGGUUCUAUGUUUGGAUUUAAAUUAUCCACCUGAACUCCGAUCACUCAUUCUUUCACUGACUGCUGCACUCGCAUUGGUUCCCCAAAUCGGUCACAACUUUUUAUUAGAGGCAAUCGAAAACUUUAAACAACAUACUAGAGAAAAAUGUCGUUUCUGGACUUUGGUUCAAGGUGCCAAACAAGUUUCAAAAUCUCAAUUACAAUAUGAAUAUUUUACAUCAUUUAUAACAUUUGUAAAUUCAGUUGUUAAUAGUCCAACAGAUUUACAAACACGUAUUGCGUUGAGAGCAGAAUUUACAAGUUUGGAAUUACUUGAAUUGAUUAGACCUGCAAGAGGCAAACAUGAAGAGUUGGAUGUUCAAUUGGAUGUAUUCUUUGAUUGUAUGGAGGAGGACAGCCAAGAGGUGGACUCGCAAUACACAGAUUUGGCUGCUGCCACCAUACAAGCUGAAACCCCACCAAGAGGAAACUCAUCGGCCGAACUUGACGACAUUGAUUUGUCAGUCUACACUGACAAGAUCAAGACACUCGAGACACAGUUAAAAUCACGUGUCGAUCAAGAAGAGAGAUUAAAAGAUACUCAAGAUAAAAUCCAACAACUCAACAAGGAGCGUUCGGAUCAAUUGGAAAAGAUUCGUCAAUUGGAAUUAAAAUUGGAUCAAGCUGUUGCAAAUGCUGCUAAUCAACCUGCUGUUGCUGUUAGUGCUGCUGCUGCUGUUGCGGGACAAGAGGAACCUGCUGCUGCUGCUGCUGGAGGACCUCCACCACCUCCCCCUCCACCUCCACCAGGUCCACCACCCCCUCCACCUCCACCAGGCGGUGCUGCUGGUGGGCCACCACCUCCACCUCCUCCUCCAGGCGGCCCACCACCCCCACCACCUCCACCAGGUAGCAAGGGUGCCCCAGGAGCUCCAGCAGCUCCAGCAGGGCCAAAUCUUCCAGCUCUCAAGAAGCAACCAACUCCAACCACCAAGAUGGUCGGUCUCCAAUGGAAAAAGGUACAAAACAAUGCCAUUGAAAACUCAAUCUGGAUGAAUGCCAAAGACUUUAACAUCAAGGAUCAACUCAAAGGAUUAGAGGAUUUGUUUGCCGCCAAAAAGCCAGCUCCAGCUGCUGCUCCAUCUUCAGGUGGUGCUGCUCCAUCCUCUGCCGCUGCAGGAAAACUAGGAGAAAGCUCAAAACAACCUGCCAUCUCUAUUCUAGACACUAAACGUUCACAAGCCAUUUCAAUCAUGUUGAGUAGAUUCAAAAUGCCAUUUGGUGAUUUGGCCAAGAUGAUCAACAAUCUCGACGCCAAGAUUACACUCGAGGACGCCAAGUCACUUGUCAAGUUUGCUCCAACACCAGAGGAAAUUGAAAUACUCCGUGAACAUGAUGUUCAUUCUCUUGGCAAACCCGAACAAUUCCUCUAUGAAAUGUCAAAGGUCAACAGAUACACUGAAAAGUUGGAAUGUUUGAUAUUCAAGCAAAAGAUGGGUGACCAAAUCGAAGAGUUGACACCAGAGAUUGAUGUGUUGCAACGUGCCAGCGAGCAAUUAAAGACGAGCAAGUCAUUCCACAAGCUUCUCGAGUUGGUAUUGUCGUUGGGUAACUUUAUCAAUGGUGGUACACCACGUGGUGACCUUUAUGGUUUCAAGCUCGACUCGCUUUCAUCGCUGUCCGAGAUGAGAUCGACCACCGACAACAAGACCACUCUUCUCAGCUGGAUUGUUCAAUACGUCACUGACAAGCAACCUGAAAUUGCACCAUGGAUAGAGUCGAUUGCCGCCGUUGAAGAGGCCAAGCGUAUCUCGCUGCAAAACAUAAAGUCAGAGGUUGGCAGUCUCAAAAAGGGUGUCAAUUUGCUCAAAAACGAAGAAGAGUCGAGUGAAGGUGCUGCCAAGGCCAUCAUCCAAUCGUUUAUGAAACAAGCCAACGACGCUGUCGCCACGAUCGAUAAAAAGGCUACUGCAGCAUCCGAAUCAUUUGCACAGUGUGUUGCCUUUUACGGUGACGACAAGUCUGCCACUCCAGAAGACUUUUUCGCCAAUGUCAGUAAAUUCAGAUCAGAUUACAAGCGUACUAUUGAACAGAUCCAACGUGAAAAGGAGAGUGCCAACAAAUUAGCUGCCAAAAAGAGUAUCAGUGCCGGUAGUGGCCCAAAUGCCAACAAACCAGGCGUACCAAUGCCAGGUAUGGGUGGCAAACCACCUGCCUUUAAACCACAAGCACAAGCAACUAAUCCAAUAUCUAGCAACGCAUUCCCAACCAUCAUGGCUCCCGUUGGCGAUGACAAUGAUGACAAACCAGGUCAAGGAAAGUUUAUGGAUUCUCUAAUGUCUUCAAUGAAGGGUGGAAAAGCUAUCUUCCUAUCGAGAAGAGCAAGUCAUUAUAUUGGUGAUGAUAAAGGUGAUCAUUUAGGUGCUUUAAAUAAUGCUCUAAGUAGUAAACAUAAUUAA